AUGUAUUAUUUUUACGUUUUUAUCUAUUACAAAUACUACGUCACUAUUAUAGGCCAAAAAAUAGGGCCAAUAACAGAAUCAAAAUGGCCGUCAGAUGGAAAGUUAGUUCAAGAGAACAACAACAUUGCUAUCCACGUGACUCCACCGGAUGGAGAAGAAGAUGAUGAAUUUGUACCGCCGCUACGAAUGCGGCGGAAACUCAGUACGCCGCUAAGUGCUUUACCAGGUUCAAUAGAGAGACUUAAUGCCACAGAACUAUUAAGACUAUCACCAGUAAGAUGUCUAUCUCCGUUGGAUCGCACGAAGCGUCGCUUCAGUACGAUGGUAUCGAGUGCUGCGGCAGCUGCAGUAUCACGACGUCUGUCUGCAACCAUCGGAUGGUGCCUCGCCACACCCACGCAAGUCAAACCUCAAAUAGUCCGCCAGGGUCGUGCACUCUGCCUUCAAUACAUUAAAACACAAAUAAGGCGAUCGUCGUCAUGCCCAAAUAAACAAAUAGUACUAAAACGUCUCCAAAGAAUGCUGGAAACUGAAUGUGGUGAAGAAGCUACGAAUAAUAUAGAAAGCGGUGUUUUGGCUGCGUUGCGUGCUUUAUGUGCUGCUCUUGAAAGAAAAAGGCCCGAAGCGUUUAGACAUGUGGCGCGGCAGGCCACAAGAGCGCCUUCAACUAUGCUGCGAUCGGAUACAGCCCUUGCUGAGUUAACGCUAGCACUAGCUCGACGCAUUACCAGAGAAAACAUAACAUGGUCCAAAAUCGCUGCUGUGUAUUGUAUAUGUGGAGCUCUAGCAAGGGAGGCGGCAGAGGCAGGAGAUGGAGAACCCCCGCUUGAACUAGUGUCAUCACCAGCCGCAGCCAUAGCAGACCUCCUCCACGAAGAUCCUGGAUCCUGGAUAGCAUCUCAUGGUGGAUGGAACGGACUUAUUGAAAGACUACGAAUCAGUGAACGCGAUCAACGAUCUGAGAAAACACUUCGAGUUAUGGUAUCCUUCUUUGCAUUGGCCUGCUGCUUUUUACUGCUGCUAAGAUGGGUCAUCCACACAAAUCCAGCUUAUGAUGAAUAA